AUGCGCGAUCCGCUGGAGAGUCGUCCGCCGUUGUCGUGGUAUCGCGCGGGCGGAUUCGAGCCGGAAGAUAAUCUGUUGCGCAGAUUGGCCGUCUACACUGAUGGAAACGUUGGCACGCUUCCAGAUCUCGGCAAUGGUCUGUCUGGUGCGACCAAAGAUCUGAGCCACCUCCUUUAUGGCGCCAUGGCGAAGCUUGCAUGGAGCCUGUACUACACGAAGUAG